AUGGACCGGCCCAUCGACUGGUUUGUCGAUAUCGCCCAGCUGCCUCUCACCCGUUCGGGCGACUCGAUUGCUUCUGUCUCCCGGAAUCCUUGGUUCGACUCCCUCCUCGUAACCGCAUACAUCGGCGCGUUCUCGGCUCUCACCUUCACGGCGUCGUGCAUCACCGAUCGCAUUCGUCCUGCGCAGGAUGAGGAUGAUGAAAGUCAUUCGGUCUUCCGUCCCAAGCUUGACAUCGUCGGGGGCCCCACUAUCUUCGCGUUCCGGAUAACACAGUGCCUCUCGACCUGCGCGCUCUUCGGAAUCUCAUGCGCCCAGCUCAUUUCGCUCCUCCAAACCCACGAGUCGACCUCCACAUAUGGCGUGAACUGGCCUCUUGUCAUCCAAAUCGCUCAGAGCGCACUUUUCGCAUACCUUGUCAUCGUCACCUUCCUUAGCGCGUUCGGCACCGCAUCGACCAGCUUCCGCGCGUACGCGCACAGCUCCUGGAUGCUAGCAUGCAUUUGGGGCGCGUACAUGUACAGAGACGUCUGGCCUCUCGCGACCGUCGAACUCUCCCCCGCGGAUGCCGCCGAAGGCGCGCUCAUGUGGAUCAAGAUCGCGCUGCUCUCGGUCGCAGGCAUCUUCGUCCCCGCGUUCUCCCCACGAAAGUUUCACCCCCGCAACCCGAAAGACGACCUCGUCGCAGCUCCAGAACAGGUUGCCUCGGCAUGGUCGUUGCUCACGUAUGGCUUCAUGAGCACCAUCGUAUGGACCGCGUACCGGAUGCCCCACCUCCCCUACGAUCGUCUCCCAGAACUGUCCGACUUUGAUCAUCUGCGGAAUCUCAUUGGGUCGAGUUUCCCGGUGUGUCUUAGACCCGUUCGCUCAAAGUCAAGGGCUCCGCUGGCGUUCAAACUACUUCGCGUAUUCGCGGUCGAAAUCGCACAUCUCAUGGCCAUGUCCAUCACCGCAGUAAGUCAUCGCGCUUUCGCCGCGCCCAUCAGUAUCAACAACCUUCUCAUUUACCUCGAGCGGGCAGCAAAGGCAAGUUCCCUAUCCAGCCAUGGUUCUGGAUCGCGCUGCUCUUCUUGGCGGGUGUUCAAGGCCGUGUCGGACGUGUGGUUCAUGUACAAGUCCACGCGCGUCACCGUGCGGCUGCAGGCGAUCGUGACCGAACUCGUGUUCGACCACGCGCUACGCAUUCGCAUGAAGGCCGAGACCUCAGACGAUGUCUCCGCGAAGGGAGACCCAACGACCACGGACACCCCUGGAAACCAGUCGGGGGAGUCGAGCACCGCAAGUGCGGGUUCGUUAUCAUCGCGGAGCCAGGACACAGUGAAGGAUAAGGGUAAGGGUAAGGAGGAGCCCGCGAAGAAAGAAAUGCCAAAGAAGGGUAAAGGAAAGAAGGGCAAGGACAAGAACCUGGUCGGGCGUAUCAACAAUUUAGUAUCGAGCGACAUGGCGAGCUUCAGCUUCUCGGCCCAGCAGCUUAUCUUCGCCACUGUCCAGUCUCCGUUCCAGAUUGUGCUCUGCAUGGUUUUCUUGCAUCAGAUCCUCGGCUGGAGUGCAUGGGUCGGUCUUGCCACCAUGAUCCUCACUCUCCCUAUUCCCGGCUAUAUCACCAAGUACCUCCGCACCACCCAGCGCGAGAAGAUGAGACGCACCGAUGGUCGCGUGCAGCUCGUAACGGAGAUGAUGAACGUCAUCCGCAUGAUCAAGCUUUUUGGCUGGGAGUCGCGCAUUCUGUCGCAGAUCAGGGAGAAGCGCGACGAGGAGUUGCUAUCCAUUCGAAAAAGCAAGCUCCUCAGCGUCAUAAACAAUAUGUACAACUACUUCGUCCCCAUCCUGAUCAUGCUCACGACGUUCUUCACCUACACAGUCAUCAUGAAGCAGACUUUGACAGCCGCGAAAGUCUUCUCAUCCAUGAGCGUCUUCGACAUGCUCCGCACCGACAUAUCCGCGACCUUCCGCGUCAUCCCCGCGCUCAUCCAGGCUAGCCUCAUCGACGAGUUCACUGAGGCUCCAAACACCGGAUCUGUGCUCGCUCCCGCACCGGUCCCCGAGUCGCACCAAGACAACCUUGGCAUCCGUCACGCGUCUUUCACCUGGGCCAAUGACUCCGCGCGACACGCGUCCACCACGCCCGAAGGGACACGGCGGCGGGCGUUUGUGCUGACGAUCGACGACGAGGUCUUCUUCCGCCGCGGCAAGGUGAACCUCGUGGUCGGCCCGACCGGCGCUGGCAAGACCUCGCUCCUCAUGGCGCUCCUCGGGGAGAUGCACUGCAUUCCGCAAGGCCUAGACUCGUUCGUGAGCCUCCCCCGGGGCGGCGGGGUCGCGUACGCGGCGCAGGAGAGCUGGGUGCAGAACGACACGAUCCGGAACAACAUCACCUUCGGCGCGCCGUUCGAUGAGGCCAGGUACGACAAGGUCAUCUCCCAGUGCGCUCUCAAGCGCGACCUGAGUCUCUUCGACGCCGGAGAUCAGACAGAGGUCGGUGAGAAGGGCAUCACCCUUAGCGGCGGCCAAAAGGCUCGCGUCACUCUUGCGCGCGCCGUAUACUCGAACGCGGACAUCCUGCUGCUCGAUGACAUCCUUGCCGCGCUAGACGUCCACACUUCGCGGUGGAUCGUCGAGAAGUGCCUCAAGGGCGAUCUCCUCCACGGUCGCACCAUCGUCCUCGUGACGCAUAACGUCGCGAUGGUCAGCCCGAUCGCAGACUUCGUGGUCGACAUGGGACCCGAUGGACGCAUUUUCAGCCAGGGCUCUCUCUCAACCGCGCUCGCGCACGACUCCAAGCUACUGAAAGAGAUGCAGAAGGGAGAAGAGGAGAUGCGGAAGGCAGGGGAAGAGCUCGACAAGGAGGAAAUCCCGCAGGUCGAGGGUGAGCAGACGAAGAAGGACGCCGGGAAGCUCGUCGUCGAGGAGGAGACUGAGCUCGGGCGCGUGGGCUGGCGGUCAAUGAAGCUGUUCGUUAUGAACACGUCCAUGCGGCCGGUGCUCUUUUGGAUUGUCUUCAUUGGUUCGUACACUGCCCGCCACUCUCUGAGCAACUUCCAAACUUGGUACCUGGGUUAUUGGGCCGCCCAGUACGAUAUCCUGCCCGUGGAGGAGGUCAACGUGACCUAUUACCUUGGAAUGUAUUCCUUGAUCGUUAUGGUCGGCAUGGUCAAUACAGCCUUCAUAAUCGUCUACUACGUCUUCGGCACCAUCCGUGCGGGGCGUAUCAUUCACGAGAAACUGGCUGUAUCUGUCAUGGGCACCACCCUACGUUGGCUGGACAAGACGCCGACAUCGCGCAUCAUCGCGCGCUGCACAGAGGACAUCGAAGCCGUUGACACUCGCGUCCCGGCGUCGAUGGAUCUCGUCGUGCAAAUGGCGUUGUUUUUGUUGCUCAAGAUGAUCUCCGCUGUGAUGUUCGCGCCCGUGUUCCUCGGCCCAUCCCUUCUCGUCGCGGUUGCUGGUUACUGGCUGGGCAAUGUAUACAUGAAGGCGCAGCUCUCGGUCAAGCGUGAGAUGAGCAAGGCCAAGGCGCCCAUCCUGGGUCACUUUGGUGCUGCCAUCACUGGGAUAACUUCCGUUCGUGCGUACGGAAAGCAGGAGGACUUCAAGGCCGAAUCACAAAGGCGCAUCGAUCGCUACAGCCGCGCCAUGAUCACCCAGUACAACCUAAACCGAUGGGUCUCAAUGCGUGUAGACUUUGUCGGAACUCUGUAUACCACGGCCCUUGCGGUGUACCUUGUGUACCUCACAGACAUCGGCGCAUCGAACACCGGUUUUUCACUCAACAUGGCUGCUGCUUUCAGCUCUACCAUUCUCAACUUCGUCCGGGUUUUCAACCAGUGGCAAGUGUCCGGAAAUAGUCUGGAACGCAUUCAGCAGUACCUGGACGUCGAGCAAGAGCCAAAGUCCACGCCUCAAGCCGGCAACCUCCAGGUCGAGAAGCUCUGCGCACGGUAUUCGGGGACUGGGCCUCGUGUCCUCCACGAGGUUUCGUUCGAGGUCAAGUCGGGCGAGCGUGUCGGUAUCGUUGGCCGUACAGGGAGUGGAAAGAGUUCCCUGACUCUUGCACUCCUGCGCUGCAUCCUCACUGAGGGCCACGUCCGCUACGACGGUCUCGAGACGCAUGACAUCAACCUCGACGCCCUCCGCUCCAGCAUCACCAUCAUCCCCCAGGUCCCCGAGCUCCUCAGCGGUACCCUCCGCCAGAACCUCGACCCCUUCUCGGAGCACGACGACGCGAUGCUCAACGACGCGCUCCGCUCCGCCGGCCUGUUCUCUCUCCAAGACGGGGCGCCCAGUCCGGAUCACGCUCGACUCCGCGAUCGCGGGCGGGGGCGCGAACCUAUCCUCGCGCUCGCGCGGGCGAUCGUGCGGCGGAGCAAGCUGCUCGUGCUGGACGAGGCGACGUCGGCGAUCGACUACGAGACGGACGCGGUGAUCCAGCGCUCGUUGCGGACGGAGCUCGGGAAGGACGUGACGCUGCUGACGGUCGCGCACAGGCUGCAGACGAUCAUGGACUCGGAAAGAUCAUGGUGCUGGACGCGGGGCGGAUUGUUGAGUUUGGGCGACCGGCGGAGUUGCUGGAGAAGGGGGCGGCGUGCUCCCGGGGACCGGGAGAAGCUGUACGCGAUGGCCUCAGGCGCGUCGAAAUAUUGA